CUGAGUUCUAUUUUUAUGUCGAUAAGUCUGCUAUAUAUAGUGGAUGUAGUUGCGGAUGUCGAUGGCUUGUCCUGCAAAGGGAGAGACGAACGGAUACCAGAGCAAGAAGACAUGGUCAGUCCUGUGCUGCAUUCGCUCGCACUGAGCUCCUUGGUUGUCUUGCUUUGGUGGACAAGGGUGCAAAUUGCUGCCGCCGGCCUGGAUCUCCUGGAGACGAGCAGCUGGCAUGAAGACUGUACUAGCAGACCAGGCCAGUCCUGCGUGUCGGGAGACAAUGUAGACUGUGUCAGACCUGGAACAGGCACUUGUCCUAGGAGCGCCAAAUGCUGUGUACAGGCGUGUCAGACCACCACAGGUCAGGAGUGCGUAGCCGAGGGUCAGCAGUGUUCCAGCCAAGGGUCAGGGUUCUGCCCGAACGGUCAGAGGUGUUGCCGAGUUCAUCGGUGUGCAGACACACCUGGUCAAACAUGCACGACCGCGCUCACAGGCUGUGCUUCUGCAGGGAACGGCAGUUGUCCUCCAGGGCUGACGUGCUGUCGUGACUGCGCCGCUACGCCUGGUCAGUCGUGCGCAGCGAGGGGCAGUUUCUGCCAGCACCCAGGCAGUGGCACCUGUCCGGCCGGCCAGAAAUGUUGCCGUGACUGUGUGGUGACCCCGGGGCAGGGCUGCACCUAUGGUUCCUGCACGACUCCUGGCAUCGGGGAAUGUCCUUUUGGACAAAGAUGCUGCAAGCACUGUGGCUCGGUGCCAGGAGAAAGCUGCGUGCCCUCAUUCAAGUCCUGCAAGAAACCUGUGAAUUCCCUCUGCACUAACGGUGUUGUACUAACUAAGUGUUGCGCCGACUGCGAGGUCACCUCUGGUCAACGAUGUGUCGCCACCCACAAGCGCUGUGACCUCCCAGGAAACGGAUAUUGCCCUCAGGCAAGGUGUGCUGCAGACGUUCGGUCACCACAACCACUUCGUCUACAACUACACCAUCCACCACCACAAGCACAACCACAACACCACCCACAACCACUACCACAACCACUACCACAACACCUCCCCCAACCACUACCACAACACCACCCCCAACCACUAGCACAACACCAACCCCAACCACUUGCAUAACACCACCCCCAACCACUAGCACGACACCACCCACAACCACUACCACAACACCACCCCCAACUACUAGUACCACACAAUCAACAACAUCAACUGCCACAACCACACCCCUACUACUGUAACCACAGCUUCAACGACCCCUGCAAUCCCCUCCUGCUUUGCCACAUCUGGACAGGUGUGCCUUGAUCAAAGCACCAUGGUGCUUCCAUGUCGAUUUGAAGGGAAUGGAACCUGUCCUGAUGGCCUGUUUUGUUGUGCCGACUGCAGAGAUCUCGAGGGUACAGAAUGCAGAAGUGAGGCUCGUGGAUGUGCGGAUAACGGUCCCGUUGUGCCGGGUACCUGUCCUCCGGGCCAGCAAUGCUGCAACCAGGCUAUCUCGACGUCGUCAUCCACCCUCCAAACAGCAACUUUGACCUCACCUACAACAGCAUUGACGACAACAACGCCACCGAUCACGAUGACAGCAACUAUUUUAUUAAUUGCUUUGUUCUCACAGCCAGCACCUCCCAUGAACUCGUUUUUGAAUAACUUGGCAAUAUCAUCCACCCUUCCAACAACUCUGACGACGACAUCCCCGUCCUGCCUCGCUACACCUGGUCAGGCGUGUCUCGCUCCAAGUCGACGGGCGGCGUGUCUUAAUGUGAUCAACGCAACCUGCCCUGGGAACAGAUUUUGUUGUGCCGACUGCAGUGAGAACAACGGUAGAUGCCGGAGGGAGAGUGUCGGGUGUGGUGGUGAUGCUAUUCCGGGUAUAUGUCCUUCAGGCAAAGUAUGCUGCAGCAGGAAUCGCCGUUGACGGGAAUCGUUGGAAGUUCGAGACUUGUGGAAACCUUUCAUGUUUGUUCAGGCUAUUUGUCGACAGUGGGAGGUUUGAUCUGUUCAACUUCGAUUUGACGCUUAGAAGAAAGAAAUAAAGAAUGAAAACAA